AUGUCUAUGUGCAGCAGACUGCCCCUAACAAUAAUGCUGAGCACGGUUCCUGAAGCUGUUGAUGACAUGUAUGAAGGCUGCAAAGGGGAAAUGGAGAAGGUCAACGACAAAUUCUUCAAAAAAGAGUUUGUGGGAACAUUUAAAGAAGCCUGGAAACAUGCCGAACAAUGUUCAAACAAACAACCAAACCCAGAAGAUAAGGCUCUCACCAAGAUCCACAUGCAGGCAAUCUGUGCUUAUACAUCUAACAUUACUUAUGAUGAAUUCAAUAAAGCAGUCCGGACCGGUAAGAACAUCUACGGCAGCUCCUUCAAAUUCCACUAUUUACACUUCUGGCUGACUACUGCCAUACAAACCCUGAAUAACAAUCAACGCUGUCACAUUACGUACAGAAAAAACAAAUCUGUGUUCAGCGGCAACGUUAGCGACAUCAUCCGGUUUGGUUCGUUUGCCUCCAGCUCUUUCAGAACAAACCUUACUAAAUAUGGUAGCGAGACUUGCUUUCAAAUAGAGACGUGUUCAGGAGCCUAUCUGAAGGAUUAUCCAGAUAGUGGAACAGAUGAGGAGGAGGUGCUCAUCCCUCCCUAUGAAACAUUCAAUAUAACCCAAAUUAUUGAAGGUAAGGGUGAAUUUAAACCUCUGCCUGACUGUAAGAAGGAGAACUCUCUGAAAACGACUAUUUCUGAGUCCGGCAAACUCGAUUUUCAUAUCUUCGUGUUCCUGAACGCCACAAUGAAAUGUCUCCGUGUGUACGGUCCUCACAACACGCUGACUGACUGA